AUGUCAACGAGCGCGUCCUUCACGUUGGAUCUACCAACAAUUCUCUGCCUGGCCUUCUCCCUCUCCUUCAUGCCAAUCGCCUACUUUCUCGCCAAAACCCUAAUCCCCUCCACCCAAACCCGCAACCGCAUCCUCUUCUUCUGGCACGCCUACGACGCCCUAACCCACCUCUUCAUCGAAGGCUCCUUCCUCUACGAAUGCUUCUUCAGCUACGCCACUGUCGCCGGCAUCCACAACACGGAGCCCUACUUCCUAAACCGUCCCGACCGGAUCUAUGGCCCAGCCUACGGCACCAACCCCAGCUCGCGCCUGUGGCAGGAAUACGCCAAGGCCGAUCGCCGCUGGGCCGGCGCAGACGUGACCGUCGUUUCUUUGGAGCUGUUGACCGUUUUCCUGGGUGGUCCGGCGGCGGUUUAUAUUUGUUAUUUGCUGUGCAGGUCGACGAAUGAGAAGAUUAGCGCCAAGGCACGGGGCUCGGCGAAGUCGACGCUCUGGUUUGUUGCGACGGCGCUGGCGACGGCCGAGUUGUAUGGUGGCUUUAUGACUUUUGCGCCAGAGUGGCUUACUGGGAGCUCGCAGCUUGUUACUCAGGAUCCGGUUUAUCUUUGGCUGUAUCUGUUCUUCUUCAAUACUCUUUGGGUGUGGAUUCCUCUUUGGGUCCUCUGGGAGGCGGGUAAGGAGCUGCGGGCUGCUUUUGUUGUGCAGGAGGUGCAGAUUGCUCAGAGGAAGAAGGAGUAA